AUGCAGUUGGAGGCAGAGGAGGCGGGAGGGGAAGAGGAAGCUGUGGAGCUCUUUACCACGCCCAGAGCCAAGAUGGCAGCUGCCACCUCUGACUUCGGCUUCAACCUGUUCCGGGCCCUGGCUGGUCGCGACCCCAAGUCUAAUGUGUUCCUGGCACCCAUCAGCAUCUCUGCAGCGCUCACUCAGCUAUCCAUGGGUUAGUAAGCCUCAGCACUGUUAUACUUUACAUCACUGUCUGCUAUUUAUCUGGUAUUUAAUUGGCAAAAUGGUAAUUACAUGUCUCUCUCUCUCUCUCUCUCUCUCUCUCUCUCUCUCUCUCUCUCUCUCUCUCUCUCAGGAGCAUCUCCGGAUCGUUCAGAGAGGUGGUUAUACAGAGCUCUGAGGUAUCACACCCUGCAGGACCCUCAGCUCCACAACACUCUCAGAGACCUACUGGCCUCACUCAGAGCACCUGGCAAAGGCCUCAGCAUCGCUGCACGUGUCUACCUGGCCCGAAGUGAGUGUGUGUGUGUAAGCAUGCAUGUGUCUCUGUGAUAAUUUUGAUCGGUCUGUGUGUGUUGUGAUUGUGUGUAUGUUUGUUGACCAGUGUUUGUUUAUGUAUGUGUGUAUCUCUCUAGGACUGCGUCUGAAGCAGGAAUACUUUGGCGUGGUAGAGAAGCAGUAUGGGGUGCGGCCCAAGGCUCUGAUGGGUGGGGCUAAAGAUGUGAAUGAGAUCAAUGAUUGGGUCAAACAGCAGACGGGCGGCAAGGUCGACCACUUCAUAUCCAAGCCCCUGGGACGGAACUCUGGUGUGGUCCCUCUGGGCGCCGCCUACUUCAAAGGUAUGGACAGUCUGUGCGGUCCAAUUCUCUACCCUUCUCCCCAAAGUGUGCACUCGUUUAUGGGGCGCUGUUUGUAACAUGCUGUUUGUGUGUGUGUAGGGAAGUGGAUAAUUCGGUUCAGUCAGAGUGGUGCGAUGGAGGACUUCCAGCUUGUUGGAGAGGCUCCCGCUCGCAUUCCCAUGAUGCAACAGGACAAUUACCCGGUGAAAAUGGGCGUAGACCCAGACCUGGGCUGUACAGUGAGUACAGAUGCAGUAUAUUCAGCAAUUAUGCUUUUUCCAGUGGUCAUUACUUUCGUAACUAGCCAGUUAUCCAGUUUGCCUCAGGGAAAACAGCUAUUGAUGAUCUCCCCCACACUUCCUCUCCCUUUCUCUCCAGAUUGCUCAGAUCCAGAUGCAGGAUGACGUCAGCAUGUUUGUGUUCCUUCCUGAUGAUGUCACUCAGAACAUGACCUUGGUGGAGGAGAGCCUGACAGCUGAGUUUGUUCAGGACCUCUCCAUGACCCUUCACCCCGUGCAGGCAGCCCUCACACUGCCUGUCCUAAAAUUCAGCUACUCCACUGACCUCCUGCCACUUCUCCCUGAACUGGGUGAGUUUCUUCACCUCCCUCCCUCUCUCUUCCUCUCACUCCCUCAUUCUCUCUCGUCAUCUUGCUCUUCUUCUGCCUUCACAUCCUCUUUCUCCAUCUCGCCAGGUCUCAACGAAUUUCUGGCAGACACGGACCUGACUAAGAUCACGUCUCAGACGGCGAAGCUCGGCAGCCUCAAUCAUAAGGUUGUUAUGGAGAUGGCCCCAGAGGGCACCCAGUAUGCCAGCUCCCGCCCCGCCUCCACACCUCUGUCGUACCGCGUGGACCGUCCCUUCCUGUUCCUGGUGAGGGACGAGGCCUCGGGGGCACUGCUCUUUAUUGGCAGGGUGGUCAACCCACUUUAA